UUAGCCUGUACUGUUGUCGUGGCGCUUUGGGACAAGAAGUUGGCGUUCCACGGGGCCCUAACGCUGAAAACUUGGUCCGGGUGACCCCCCGACCCUUAACGAGCCGGUCCCCUCUCGCCCGCCGGUUGCUCACCCCCUUGGCAGGAUGAGGCGUGCGGGCCUGGGUGAAGGAGCUCCACCUGGCAGCCAUGGGAACUACAGCUAUGCUAAUAGUGGGUACAGUGCCUGUGAAGAAGAAAACGACAGACUCACAGAAAGUCUGAGAAGCAAAGUAACUGCUAUAAAGUCUCUUUCCAUUGAAAUAGGCCAUGAAGUUAAAAAUCAAAAUAAAUUAUUAGCUGAAAUGGACUCACAGUUUGAUUCUACAACUGGAUUUCUAGGUAAAACCAUGGGAAGACUGAAGAUUUUAUCCAAAGGGAGCCAGACCAAGCUGUUGUGCUACAUGAUGCUCUUUUCACUGUUUGUCUUUUUUGUCAUUUAUUGGAUUAUUAAACUGAGGUGAUGCACUUAGGUGUGCAUUUGAAGUUUGUUCCAACUAAUAGCUUGGUAUCAUUUUGAUAAAAAUCAGCACCAAGACAUUACUAAUUUUCAAUUCUAUAUGGCCUUUUCCAUUUGCUUAUUUAUAAAUUACAUUAGAUGCUCUUUGAAUACUGUUUCUUACUGACUCAUUUAUACUCCUAUUUUCAGGGGUUUUGAGAUGGCCUGCCUGAAGUCAUUGUGGCUUAACCAGUGUUUUUCCCGUUGUUUGCUGUCAGACUAAAUAGCAAUCUGUUGCUACCAUAAAUAGAGGUUAAGAUUCUAUAUAAGGAAAUUAGUGAGAGAGGAGCAGAGUGUCUGGAGAGUCUGACCCUGAGCGCUUAAGGGACUGAGCUGGCCUGCGAUGGAACAGAAAUUGUGUUUUCCGUAGCUUUUAACAACUGUGGUGGUCUGUUUCAGUGGUGGUGAACCUGUGACCUGCAUGCCGUAUCGUUGCUGUUUUUGUCAUUGCGAGCUCUAUAAGGUUCACCAUCACUGGUCUAUUCUGCCAUCCUUUAUUUGAUUAAAACUGGAGUACACUUUCUUUUUACCUGCAAUCUUCUUAGUAAUAUUUAAUUAUAUGACUCCUCUUCCCUCUUCCCCCAAGGAUCUCCUUUAAUAAAGCUUUUUUAUUUUGACAUA